GCCGCCCCGCGAAGGGAGGGGGCGGCGGAGCCGCAGCAGCUUCAGGUUUCCUCCUGGAGCUGGUGGCGGGCGCGGCCAUGUGAUGAGGCGGCGACGAGCCCGGCUGGCCAGAGAUGCGGGAGCCAUGGAGUUGAGCUGCAGUGAAGUGCCUCUUUAUGGACAGAAGACGGUCUAUGCAAAGUUUGGCAAAAAUGUUUAUCUACCCGAAGAUGCGGAGUUUUACUUUAUUUAUGAUGGGUCACAUCAGAGGCAUGUGGUGUUUGCUGAGCGUGUCCAGGACAAUGUCCUCCAAUCUAGCAUCCCAGGCCAUUGGCUUCAGGAGACGGUGAUGGUAUCUGUGUGCCUCUGCUCGGAAGGGUACUCCCCGGUGACCAUGGGCUCUGGCUCAGUGACCUACGUGGACAACAUGGCCUGCAGGCUGGCUCGUCUGCUGGUCACUCAGGCUGACCGACUCACGACCUGUAGUCACCAGACGCUGCUGACCCCGUUUGCCCUGACAGCAGAAGCGCUGCCUGCCUUGGAUGAGGAGCUGGUGCUGGCUCUGACCCAGCUGGAGCUGCCUUUGGGUUGGACAGUCCUGGGAAAUUCCUCACUUGAAGUAUCUCUACACAGAGAGUCUCUCCUGCACCUGGCUGUGAGAUGGGCCCUGCCUAAGCUAUUCCACUUCCUCUUGUGUCUCCCUGGAGGAGUCAAGGCCUUGGAGCUACCUAAUGAAGAGGCCACCACACCAUUAGACUUAGCUUUGCAUGGUGGACACUCCACACUGGUAGAAGACAUCACAAAUUUUCAGGGUAGCCAUUCCCCAGGCUUCUCCCGACUGCGUCUUAACGAAGAUGCCACUCUGCAGUUCGUUCAUUCAUCGGAAACAUUGACUCUGACCGUUAACCACACAGCUGAGCAUCUCUUGGAAGCAGACAUCAAACUCUUCCGGAAAUAUUUUUGGGACAGAGCCCUUCUUGUCAAGGCUCUUGAGCAAGAAGCCAAGACAGAGAGAGCAACCAUGCCUUCGGGAGCUGCAGAAACUGAAGAAGAGGUUAGGAAUUUGGAGUCUGGCAGAUCACCAUCGGAGGAGGAGGAAGAUGGAAAGAGCGUCAAAAGCCAGGUGGAUGGGCCGAGUGAACACGAAGACCACGACCGCCUAGUUCUGGAUCGCUCCUUUGAUGGCCUCAAAAAAUCCAAGCAUGUCCCAGCGUCCCUUGCUGCAGGCCAGCUCUCUGACAUGCUGAACGGGGGUGAUGAAGUCUACGCUAACUGUAUGGUGAUUGAUCAGGUAGACGAUUUGGACAUCAACUAUAUAAACCUCGAGGGACUCUCCGCCCAUACGAGCCCCGAGUCGGGGAGGUCCAUGCUGGCGCCUCAGGCUUGCAUGCACACCCUUCCUCCCGAUACCAGUCCCUGCGGGCGCCCACUCAGUGAGGACAGUGAGGGGACCCUGGAUGCUGCAGCUCCGCAGUCCUGCAUGUCACCACCCAGUUCUCGAACUUCCAACUUGAACCUUUCUUUUGGUCUCCAUGGAUUUGAAAAGGAGCAGGGUCACCUCAAGAAAAGGAGUUCUAGCCUGGAUGCCCUGGUUGCCGACAGUGAAGGGGAAGGAGGUUCUGAGCCCCCCAUCUGCUAUGCUGUGGGCUCUCAGAGUUCCCCAAGAACUGGGCUCCCCAGCGGAGAUGAACUGGACUCUUUUGAGACCAACACUGAACCAGACUGUAAUAUCUCCAGGACCGAAUCACUUUCUCUGGCCAGUACUCUGCAUUCAAAGGAGUCCUUACUUUCUGGGAUCCGAUCACGCUCCUACUCCUGCUCAUCACCCAAAAUCUCUUCAGGAAAAUCCCGGCUAGUGCGAGACUUCACCGUGUGCAGUUCCAGCGAAGAACAGAGAUCGUAUAGUUUCCAGGAGCCACCAGGAGAUAAAAGAAUUCAGGAAGAAGAAUGGGAUGAAUACGUCAUUCCUGCCAAAUCCGAGUCUGAAAAGUACAAAGUGAGCCGAACUUUCAGCUUCCUCAUGAACAGGAUGACCAGCCCUCGGAACAAGUCUAAGAUGAAAAACAAGGACACUAAAGAUAAAGAAAAAACGAAUCGACAUCAGUUUGUCCCGGGAACGUUCUCCGGGGUUCUGCAGUGUUCUGGCUGUGAUAAAACACUCCUUGGGAAAGAGUCACUCCAGUGUGCCAACUGUAAGGCAAACACACACAAGGGCUGCAAAGAUGCUGUGCCUCCGUGUACCAAGAAAUUCCAAGAAAAGUACAACAAGAACAAACCACAGAGCAUCCUUGGAAGCUCUUCAGUUAGAGACGUCCCAGCACCUGGGCUCUCCUUGCACCCUUCUUCCUCCAUGCCCAUCGGACUUCCAGCUGGAAGGAAGGAAGCUGCGGGGCAGGUGCAUCCACUGUCCAGAAGUGUCCCCGGCACCACUUUGGAAAGCUUCAGGAGGGCAGUGACAUCCUUGGAGUCUGAGGGUGACAGUAACAGCUGGAGAAGCAGGUCUCAUUCCGAUGAGCUGUUCCAGUCCAUGGGCUCUUCUCCUUCCACGGAGUCAUUCAUAAUGGAAGAUGUUGUGGAUUCUUCUCUGUGGAGCGACCUCAGCAGUGAUGCUCAGGAGUUUGAAGCGGAGUCUUGGAGUCUCGUGGUGGACCCUUCCUUUUGCAGUAGGCAGGAGAAGGAUGUCAUCAAAAGACAAGAUGUCAUUUUUGAGCUGAUGCAGACAGAGGUCCACCACAUCCAGACCCUGCUCAUCAUGUCUGAGGUCUUCAGGAAGAGCAUGAAGGAGGAGCUGCAGCUGGACCACGGCACGGUGGACAAGCUCUUCCCCUGCUUAGACGAGCUCCUGGAGACUCACAGGCAUUUCUUCUUCAGCAUGAAGGAACGCAGGCAGGAGUCCUGCGCGGGCAGUGACAGGAACUUUGUGAUCCACCAAAUCGGAGACAUUCUGGUACAACAGUUUUCAGAAGAAAAUGCAAGCAAAAUGAAGAGGAUCUAUGGAGAAUUCUGCAGCCAUCACAAAGAAGCCAUGAGUCUCUUUAAAGAGCUGCAGCAGAACAAGAAGUUUCAGAAUUUUAUUAAGAUCCGAAAUAGCAGCCUGUUGGCUCGUCGCCGUGGGAUCCCGGAGUGCAUCCUGCUCGUUACCCAGCGCAUCACAAAAUACCCGGUCUUGGUGGAGAGGAUCCUGCGGUACACCAAGGAAAGGACUGAGGAGCACCGAGACCUGUGCAAAGCUCUUGGCCUGAUUAAAGACAUGAUCGCAGCCGUGGACCUGAAAGUCAGCGAAUACGAGAAGAACCAAAAGUGGCUCGAGAUCCUAAAUAAAAUCGAGAACAAAACAUACACAAAGCUCAAAAAUGGCCACGUGUUUAGAAAGCAGGCGCUGCUGAGCCAGGAACGGGCUCUCCUGCAUGACGGGCUUGUCUACUGGAAAACCGCUACGGGCCGCUUCAAAGACAUCCUGGCUCUGCUUCUAACUGACGUGCUGCUCUUCUUACAAGAAAAAGACCAGAAAUACAUCUUUGCAGCUGUUGACCAGAAGCCUUCCGUGAUUUCCCUCCAGAAGCUGAUCGCUAGAGAAGUUGCCAACGAGGAGAGAGGCAUGUUUCUGAUCAGUGCUUCGUCAGCCGGCCCUGAGAUGUACGAAAUCCACACCAAUUCCAAGGAGGAGCGGAAUAACUGGAUGAGGCGGAUCCAGCAGGCGGUAGAAAGUUGUCCAGAGGAAGAAGGAGGAAGGAUGAGUGAAUCGGAUGAAGAGAGGCGGAAAGCUGAAGCUAGAGUGGCCAAGAUUCAGCAGUGUCAAGAAAUACUCAGUAACCAAGACCAACAGAUUUGCACGUAUUUGGAAGAAAAGCUGCAUAUCUACGCUGAACUUGGGGAACUAAGUGGCUUUGAGGAUGUCCACCUAGAACCUCAUCUGCUCAUCAAGCCUGACCCUGGAGAACCUCCACAGGCAGCGUCCCUGCUGGCAGCGGCCCUGAGGGAAGCUGAGAGUCUGCAAGUGGCUGUGAAGGCUUCAAAGAUGGGUGAUGUGAGUCAGUCAUCUGAAGAAGGCCCUGGAGGGGCCGUCCUGAUGGACACACCCAGUACACAGGAUGUACCAGCAUCACCGACUGCUUCAUUAGUCACAGAAGGGACAGAAGGAAGAGGCUGUUGGGAUGUGGAUCCCGGGCUCCAGGGUGUGGUAACCGACUUGGCAGUCUCUGAUGCAGGGGAGAAGGUGGAAUAUAGAAGUUUCUCAGGUUCUUCACAGUCAGAGAUUAUACAAGCAAUACAGAAUUUAACGCGUCUCCUCUACAGCCUUCAGGCCGCCUUGACCAUCCAGGACAGCCACAUUGAGAUCCACAAACUGGUUCUACAGCAGCGGGAGAGCUUGGCCCCUAGCCAUUCCUUCCGAGGUGGCCCCUUGCAGGACCAGGAGAAAUCCCGCUACCUGGAAAAGCAGCGUGAAGAGCUGGCCAACAUCCACAAGCUUCAACACCAGUUCCAGCAGGAGCAGCGGCGCUGGCACCGCACAUGCGACCAGCAACAGCGCGAGCAGGAAGCCCAAGAGAGCUGGCUGCAGGCGCGGGAACGGGAGUGCCAGUCACAGGAGGAAUUGCUGCUGCGCCACCGUAGCGAGCUGGACCACCAACUCCAGGAGUACCAGCAGAGCCUUGAGCGGCUGCGGGAGGGCCAGCGGAUGGUGGAGAGGGAGAGACAGAGGAUGCGUGUCCAGCAGGGUCUGCUGGGCCACUGCAAGCAUAGUCGCCAGAGGAGCCUCCCAGCUGUCUUCUCUCCAGGGAGCAAGGAGGUAACAGAACUUAAUCGAGCUGAGAGUUUGUGUCAUGAAAAUUCAUUUUUCAUCAAUGAAGCUUUCGGACACAUGUCACUGAACACGUCCAAUAAACCGAACCCAUCUGGUGUCCCCUGGGACGCUCACCCCGCCGGGGGGUCUCAUUUUGAUUUGGCAAGGACUAGUGAGAGUCCAACAGAACUGAAGGUAGACACUUCUCUGCCUCCUGAUGUCAACUCUGAACUCUGGACAACAGGGCCGGGCCAUGAGAGACCUGCUCUUCAAGAAAACAGCAAGGAGUCUUGUAAAAAUGAUUUGGACUCCUUCCAGAGUGAAUCCUCAGAUCCCCAGGACUCGAAUCAGCGUGGCCCCCAGCCACAGACACUCACAACAGAAGCAAAACUAAGUCUCAAGAUGGUGGCUGGACACAGUGGAGAUGCUGGAGACGGAGCUGAAGAAAACAUUGUUUACCUCUGAUUGUGUGGCCAUUUCUUUUUCCAAGCAAACAAACAAACAAACAAACAAACAAAAAACCACUGGCACUUUGGGGAGAGCUUUUCCUCAGCCCCAUCCUCAAGUGUAUGAUUCUCUGUGCCCAAAUUGCUUUAAGAAGAAUAUUUAAUAUUUCAUGCACGUUCAAUUUUUGGCAUGAGUCAAGUAAUUAAAUUAUUAAAAAAAAAAAAAAAACCAACCCAGCUCCGUGUGUGUCAUCUUUAACUGAUCUCAUCCACUUUCGAGUUUCUAGAGGAGAAACUUCACUUGAGUGAGCCGAAGGAUGUGAAAAGGUUGUUUUCACUUUGAAAUUCCACAUUACGUCGUGUACCCCAUUCAUCUGGAGUGUGAAAUGCGUUUUAAGAUAAAAGAUGAAGCCAUUUUGAUUUGGAGAAUGAUCUUCCCCGGGGUUGAAUUUCCGAUAUCACAUCAGCCGCUUCUUGCGAGUAGCCUUGAUACCACAAAGAAGGCAGAGGAAGUUUUGGGAAAGACCUUUUCUCACUUGGUUCUUACGUGAGAAUGUCGGGGCCUUCAGAGUUGGGGUGCUGUCGCCCUCACUGUAAAGCCCCCGUGUCCUGUCUAAGAACCUGUUCAUUCUUGGUGGGCACUGUACAGGAACAUAGUCUGGACACGCUUGGGACCUGGGUCACCCUGCUUCCUGGCUCACUUUCUUGAACAGAUGUUGCUGGGUUCUGACUCUCUUUAGCACCAUCUUUUAGCCCAGCCUGGAGCCUCCAGCAUGACACCUUAGCUGUAAGUAGUGAAACUCCCAAGAGAGAACCCUCACUUGGGCCUCCUAGGCAGGACUGUCAAGGACUACCGUUGACUUGCAGGAACCCAGGCUGCAGGUCAGAAGGACAAAGGGGCUAGCUAGCUCAUGGUGAAGCUUGCUGCCUGUCUGCCUGGGCUUUUCUACAGAAGGACAAAGGGCACUUCUUGAUUUCAGAGUACCCGUGGCUCUCUGUGAGAAAAUAAACCAGGAAAUGUUCUCAUCUUGUUCUUUGGAAAUAUUUGUCUAUGUUCUGGUCAGUGUCAAUAAAUAUCUUUUGC